AUGGCAUCCACAGCCGACGCCGAGGCGUGGGAGACGGACGAGCGCGGCUACGUCUUUGAGGAGCGGCUCGCGACCGCGGCGGAGCACAAGGACCGCGGCAACGAGCACUUCAAGGCUGGCGAGUGGCAGAUCGCGCUGCGCCGGUACGAGCGCGCGCUCUACCACUGCGCCUUCGACCCGAUGCAGAUGUACGACCUGAUGGAGAAGCACAAGGCAGCCGCGUACGCCGUGCAGACGCCCGUCAAGCUCAACUACGUCGCGUGCGUGCUGCAAAUGCGCGAGGCGGGGCUGGACGUCGCGCCGGUGCAGGUGGAGGGCGAAGAGGAGCCGCGCGAUCCGCUGGACCGGUGCGAGGAGCUGAUUGGCGAGGUGCUCAAGGCCGAGCCGAACCACGCCAAGGCGCACUUCCGGCGCGCGCAGCUGCUCCGCGCGCGGGGCGACACACGUGCCGCGCAGGAGGCGCUCGAGGAGGCGGAGCGGGCGGGAGGCGGCAGCGCGAGCGUGCGCGCCGAGCAGUCGCGGCUGCGCGAGAUGGCGCGCGCCGAACGGUCGCGCGAGCGCGAGCUCUACUCAGGCAUCAUCCAGCCCUCCUCCAACGUUAAGGCCGCGGAUGAGGCGGCGGAGCGGAGAGCGCGCCGCGGGCAGCUGGUGGAGACACUGGCGCUGCCCGUGACGGGGCCGCUGCGCGCACUGUGGUGGGCCGCCGCCGCCCUCGUCUCGCUGCUGCGGAGGCUGUUCGCCGUGCUGCUCCGUCUGCGCCCCGACGGCGCGCUCGAAGCCGUGGAGUAG